AUGUAUACCAUCUACCUCGCAACUCUGGCGCUUGCCGGCAGCGCUCUCGCCCACGGCGGCGACCACAGCCAGAAACCCAUCGUGGACGAGAACGCCGACUGGAUGACGAAGCACAUGGCUGAGGAGCACCACAUGGAAGGCUGGGACACAGCAUCCUUCUUUACCCUGCACGACUACAACAGCGACGGCGUCUGGCAAGGCGACGAGAUCCUCCGCACGUACGGCCUCUUUGACGAGUCGAACCACCACGUCACCGAGGAGAAGCGCUUUGAAAUCCUCCAUGACCUCAUGCAGCUGCUGGACGCCAACCACGACGGCCACGUCACCCGCUCCGAGUGGGACGAGUUCAUCAAGACCGGCAAGACGCUGCCGGACUUGGGCAUGGGCCCGGGGCACCACGGCGACGACGAGUACGAGUACGAGAUCCACCAUUGGGAGCAGUAUCAUGACGAGAACACCAAGCUCGAAGACCUGACGCACCCCGAGGACAUUGAGCACUUCAAGAAGCACGAGAAGAUGGAGGACGAGCAGGAGAGGCUAGAGCAGCUCGACCAGAUGGCCGUCGUCGAGGACAACAUCCCGCAAAAGUUUCGGCGGUCAUAG